AAUACCGCACGUAGAAACAUUUUUAUUAUUUCUUUUAUGUUUUUUUUGUUCUUUUAAAUAAGAAAAGUAGGAUCGGCGACUCGGCAGCCAGCCAGCCAGCCAGGGAGAGAGAGAGAGAACUGAGAAGCACUUGGAGUUGGGGAGUUGGAGACUUGGAGGUGGUGGACCCUUUCGAGUAAAAUCGGGUUUCAGAGCGAAAAGUCGGAUACCGAAACCGAAAAAUGUCGGGUGUCACGAACCAGGAGGAGGACAAGAAGCCCACCGAUCAGUCGGCGCACAUCAAUCUCAAAGUCAAGGGACAGGAUGGGAAUGAAGUAUUUUUCAGGAUUAAGAGGAGCACUCAACUGAAGAAGCUUAUGAAUGCUUAUUGUGAUCGCCAGUCAGUGGAGUUCAACUCAAUUGCAUUCUUAUUUGAUGGCCGUCGUCUCCGAGCAGAACAAACUCCAGACGAGCUGGAAAUGGAGGAUGGAGAUGAGAUAGAUGCCAUGCUCCACCAAACAGGAGGUGCUGUUGCCUAAAGGGUUUGUCAGGUCGUUUCUCUAGUAGGAGAGAAAUAUAAAUAGAUUUUGCAUAUCUAGAAGACGCUGUUUGGAACUGUAAUCAUCAGUUAUCUACUGACCAACCGGCCUUUCUCUGAAUUGCAAUGGGCUGUCUUGUUAAUUUCAAAAGAGUGUUGUUUCAGUAUUUACUUCUUUAUAAUGCUCGGGUAGAACUUGAUAUAUGAAAGCUGAAAUGCAUAACCCGAACUAGAUUGGAGCAGUUA